AUGGUGGAUCGACUGGAGCGCCCCAAUGCCCUCGGGCUGCGUUCCUACUCUCACGAGCCUCCCAGCGCCAAUGCGAGCGUCGCCAGUCUCGCCAGCGCCAGCAUGAGCAACCUCUCUCUCGCCGACCUCCCCAGCCCGCGCGCCGGCGACGCCCCGCCCGCACUUUCCCCUCUGGACGCCCUCGCGCUGCAAGGACGGCUGUUGGCCAAGCGCUUCGAGCAGGCCGACAAGAGCGGCCGCCGUCUCAGCAGACUGGCGCCGCUCACCAUCCAGAAUGAGUUCGGCAACCGCUCGGGCUUCUUCUCCUCGCUGUCGUCGACCGUCAACUCUCCAAGCGACGACCUUGGUCCUAUCUCAGCGGGCGGCAAGGUCGCACCGCCUGCCGACACGUCUCCUCGCCAGCACGUGUCAGACAGGCACAAGUCGUUCUACCCGCAGAUCAGCAACGAAGACUCCCAGUAUGCGCAGUCGCUACCUGCACACAGCCCUCGUCCUCUAGCCCCAAUCGGAGAGGCCAGUCCCGCCGGUUCGCCGCAUGGCUACUUCGACAUCCCGCGAUCGCACUCGCCUGACUCGGUGGAGCCUCACAUCGGUAUCCGAGAGGCUACGCCUGUCAGCCCUACCGGCCCUACGCCGAACUCUCAAUUCUUCUUGAGCCCACAGAAGAAGCCAUCAUCUGACUCGAUGCCUCGAUCCUUCCCUCGUUCCAACUUGCUUCCCCCAAGGAAAGCCAGCAAUCACUCUCAACGCUCCCCGAGAUUGUCACCAAGCAUCAGGUCUGUUCAGGACAGCUCGGACGAGGUUGACGAUAUGCCACUGAGUGGCUCCUAUGAUUCUUUGCUUCGCAACAGAGCUUUGUCGCCCAGCUCUAGCCUGUCGCGCGCUCAAUCUCCUUUCACACCAACUACAACCAUGCCUCGCUCUCCUUCUGCCGCUUCAGAGCACUCCUUCAGUGGGCACCUCCCUCGCCCAGCCUUCAACUUCUCUAGGCCCAUCAGCCGACAGAGUACCCGUCCUUCCAUCGACUGUGUCAGGCCUUCCCUUGACAUGCCGUUGGGACAGCCUUCUGAUGAGGGCAUCUUCAUGAGACCCUCCUGUGACGGCAAUCUUAAGCGUCAGGAUUCUAACACCGAUGGGCUUACUUAUGCCAACGAGACAAUCCACACCCCUGUUAGCAUGGUCAGUGAGGACUUCCGUCGCUCAGGCGACUACUCGAAUAACCCCGCGCCAUCUUACAUUCACUCCACGUUCGACCUCCCCCGGGGCAGGAAGCUUGAUCGUCGAUCCAUCGGCAUCGAUGAGUUCUUCAAGAAGGAGAUCACCUGGGAUGGAUCAAAGAGACAACAAAGGCCCCCUUCGCCAGAGUCACCACCCCAUUCCUUCGACAAGGAGCGGUCACCACAGGCUCCGUCACUCACUUCGAGUAACAGCACCAUCCGCGCUGCGACCGCCGGUACUGGUGCAGAGGUCACCGCUCAGCAGCAUUGCGACAUAGGUAUCGAGCUGCACGAGAAGGGUGAACUUCUGAAGUCUACCUACCACCUUCGUUUGGCAGCCCGUGGAGGGCUUCCCGAAGCUAUGCUCUGGUACGGUCUCGCGUGCCGCCACGGUUGGGGCAUGCGCGAAAACAAAGCAGAGGCCCUGCAGUGGCUGCGCCGCGCUGUCGACUCUGGACACCUUGAGAUCGCAGAUGAUGAACAAGGACAGUCAACUGACAUCACCAAGAAGAAGCAACACCGUGCGCAAUACGCCGCCGCCAUUUACGAGCUUGGCAAGUGCUACAUGAAUGGCUGGGGCGCUGCACAGGACAAGACCCUUGCUCUUCGCUGCUACGAAAUCGCGGGUAACUGGGGUGACCCUGAUGCUUUGGUCGAAGCCGGCUACUGCUACGCGGAAGGCGUUGGCUGCAAGAAAGACAUGAAGAAGGGGGCGAGGUUUUACCGCGCAGCUGAAGCUAAGGGAGUGAGCAUGGUCGGUAACAGCUGGAUCUACAAAGACAAAUACAACGACGAUACCACCAGCACCUCAGACUCUCGUUCUGUUCGUUCAGGACGAUCGACAAAGAAGGACAACUCUGAGAAGAAGUCCCGCGACAAGAGCCGCACACGUACCAUCUUCGGCCGUAAGAAGAGCCAUACAGCAUCUUCCACCUGA